GUUAAUUUGACAUGUUCGUAUAAAAACUACUCUAGAGAAGGAUAUUAAAGCUGCCUUUAACGGAUCAAACCAAAUGCAAGAUUAUGGUGGUUCAGCAUCGAACAAGUCGAGAGAGUAUCGUGAUUGCGAAGGAAGAGAAUGUAGCCAAGAGAGUUCUUAUUCCAUAACCCAAGGAACAUUCUUCCGGAAGAGUUAUGGUUGUUCCAAUAAAGAAUUGAUCGACCAGACUUCGUAUUGCAGAGUUGUAACUGGACCGGAUAAUUCUACCAGUCAGAAACACUCCAGAUAUACAAAUUCGUCAGCCCCUUCUUUUAGCUCUCCACCGAAUUCUCCCUUAGUUGGCCUCGUAUUUGAUCCAUCUUCACCCAACUAUAGUGGAUCUGGUAUCAUGACUGACCGUCUUAAUCCUGACAGACGUUCACAAAGCUCAUGGUCUGUUUCUCAUCAAGAACCUAUUGGAAGUGGAGUAAAGAAAAAAAUUGUAAAAAGUCAUGACAAACGAAACGCUUACAGCGCUGAUCCUCGAUAUCAAGAAAAAUAUAAAGAAAUCAGUACAGAAACUGAUCAUUCUAGAAAAAAGGAUAGAAAUUUAACAUCAGAAUCCACAUCGAGUCUUGAUUUCUUUGCUGAAGGGGAAAGAAUGGUAUCAGAACUUUGUAAUAUACCAGAUACGAAUUCUCGUAAUGAGUGCAGCAAGUCUCAAAAAGGGUUAAAUCAAGACCAAGAUGAUAGAAAUAGACACGUGGGCUCAUCAGAAAUAUUAUUGACGGCUCUUGACAAAAUCGUCAUCCAUGAUCAAAUUCCUAACCAAAUUGUUCAAUUAGCUAUCGAGGCGUGCACUGAUGCAGAAAACAUUGCAAUUGCUCACCAUAAUAGACCUUGUUUCAAAAACAUCCAUUCUAUUUGCGCUAAAACACGAUCGAAUGUUCAGAAACCUGACAGCGCAGUGGCAAAUCUUCACUCGCAGGGCAUACCGUGGGUUAUCAAAAAUUUUAUAUUUUCCUUUGUAAGGAUUUUAGAUGGAUGGAAAGGAGUUAAAGAAUUGUUGAGUGAAAAACAUGAUACCUUUUCUAGAAUAGAAAAUAAAUAUUACAGUCAAAAUAUAAGAGAAUGCUUUGUACAAUGGCAAGCGGUUACAAAAGAAAUGUUGACGCACAUAUAUAAGACAUUCAAAUGCCUUGAUCACGGUUUUACAAUGGAACAGAAAAGUUUUACUCACAAUUAUUACGCUACAAACUCAGCUGCACCUCGGCACCAAAAUCAAAAUAAAUUUCAAUCUAUAAAACAACACAUUACUACUCCAAGACCAAUAAACGCUUCUCCAUCGUACAACGUGAUCCAACCACCGUGGCUGCAACAACAAACAUCAGCAACUCCACAAAGCUAUAAUGAAAGCUCAUGGUCGAUUAGAACAAGUAUGCCAUAUAAAAAAUAUCCUGUAGUACCACCACAGAAUUCUCAAAACUUCUACACAUUGAGCGAUCAAAGUGAAAGCGAAAACUAUCAAAAGACCCAAUAUAAAUGUGAUCCAUGUUGUAUUCGUGAAUCAAAACCAAGGCAGUCUUGGACUAUUACAAACGUACCAGAUUGUAGAGUAUUAGAAAAUAUGUGUCAUGCUGACCAAAGAGAGCUAUAUUCGCAAUUGAAACAUAAAAUGGACGCAGAACUUGGCAAGACUUCUGGCCAACCAAUAUUGAGUAACGCCUCUUGUGAUAUAUUACACCGUCGUGAAUUAGAUCUCAAGGCAAAAAUGGUGCCUUUAAGUCACGUUGAAAAAAAUUUAAUACCAAGUAUGGCAUCGUCAGCUGAGAUUAGAAAUUGCUACGCUCAAAAAAAUAAUAGCUGUGGUGAUACUAAAGAAGAAGCUGAUUUUUUUGCGGCAUGGGGUCAGAUGGUACAAAAAGAACCUAGUGAUUUUUUGACUCAUCAUACUCACAACGUUCAAAUACCUUCAAACGUUGUGACGAUUUCAAAUAAUAUUUCUGGCCCCGUGCAAUUUAUUGAUCCUGAAAAUGAUGAGUUUCACGAAAUAUCCAAAGUGUACAUGAAACCUGGUAGUUAUAAGGUACCAAUAAAACCAGUGGAAACUGUACCUCCUUUUUUGCAAAAUACUUCUCAAGACGUCUAUGAUAAUCCUGUUGAGGACACUACGUCUUUGAAAGCAAAAUUAUCGUUUCAACAAGUUACACUAGCACCGCAACCCAAAUACAAUUUAGAAUCUUGGCCAUGUUUGAUGUCAAGACGAGCCGAGGACAUAGUGAUGGAAGAACAAAAGUUUAAAUCUUCCCCAUCUCAACUAUCUUGUUUGGAUAUGCGAGCUGUUGAGGCUCUUGAUAUAUUAAGUUCGAUGAUGUCCGAUAAAGCCUGGGAAGCUGCUAAGCAAUCUGCACCGAAAUUAAUGGAUUUCAUACAUGAAGGAUCGAGGUCAGAUACAGCACGACUUUACAACGCAUUGGGACUACGUACGAACGAAGAAUUAUCUCAAGAUUUAAAGGAAUUAAAAAUGAACAUCACUCCGAAUGAUCCCUGGGCAGACACCAGCCAGACAUUGAAACAUAUAUCUACAGAAUGGAGUCAAACAUCAGAAACUCAAGAUAUAUCUCAAAAUAAAAAUCACGCUAAUGAUAAUAUCCUUAACAUAGAAAAUAAUUCAAAUACCUCAACUGUAGAACAAGGUAAGAGUACAGAUGCUAACGAACAAGAGGAGACUACCAAUAAAUGUGAAGAGUCUAAAGAAAAUACCCGUCGACGUAAUUUUGAUCAGACUGGCAAUUACGUAAGAGAUGAAAACCAAAAAAAAACCAGUGGAAAAUCAAAGGUUGCUGUCUCUGGUACUUGGUACCAUCCUAAAAAAAAGAAACCUUUGCCAGGAACAGUUAUUAAAAAAUUUGAAAAUAUUCUAACUAGCUUAUCACAAUUAAAUGAAGCUGCAUUUAUUCAACGGGAUAUGGAUAUAAAAAUUGCCCCAAGAUUUUAUGAGGUUGUCAAAUAUCCUAUGUCUCUUAAUGAUAUAUCUACAAAACUGUUAAAUUCGUCUUAUACAGAAUUCGAUCAAGUAGUCCAAGAUUUUCGGCGUAUCUUUAACAACGUCAGAUUAUAUCUUAAGAGCUAUCCAGAUUCAACAAUGAAGAAACAUAUAAACAAAGUUUCGUCUGAAUUCGAAAAAACUUUAGCUCAUGAAUUUCAAAAUAAAUGUGAAUCAAGAACAAAAACACAUGAACACGAUGCUAGAGAUCAAAGCAGCAAGAAGUUUGAUAAAGAUAAUGUAGUAAACAAGACUGAAGGUAAGAAAGAAGAAACUAAGACUGAGUCUAAGUUAAAUGAAGACGACAAGCAGUAACCAUAUUUUUUCUUUUAACAGACAUAAGUUGUUACUUAUAAUUAUUACAUCAAACAACAGUAACAUUAGUUUUUGAAGUUUUUGUUUUUCUUUAAUCCUCUUUAUUUAUUUAUAUUUAUUUGUUUCAAUAACUUAUUUCAAAUGCUAAGAUGUAAUCGUAAAAUCUUCUAUUGUACAAAUGUUAUCGCAACUCGAUUAAUAGGUUUAUUAAAAUGGAUUCUAGUCAAAUGUUAAUUAAUUUUUAAUAAAUGUCAGUGUUGUUAUCAGAUCUAGUAAUAAAUAAGACUUAAUUUGUAAGUGCUUGGAAUUUUUUUCGAAAGGACUUUACGGGCUUCCAGACUUAGUUUAAACAUUUUUUAUUUCAAUGAGUAUUUCAUUUUUAUUUGUUUGUUCCAUUAGUUAAUAAUUCACGCCAUUUGCUUUAAUUAAUAUUAUUUCAUGAACUUUAUUAUCUUUUUUAGUCUCUAUUAAUUUUUAAUAAAGGGAAAUAAAUUUGUGUUCUCAAUAUGUCAACGAAUAUGCUCAACUUUAAAAAGAUCAUAUAAAUACAACACUAUCAUUAAUACUAUGUAUCCACUUGGCAUAUACCUUAGUUUUUUACAUCUCAAUCUAUGAUGUAUUAUUAGGCAAAAGUUAAUAAUUUCAACCAUAUCCAAACAUGACGUCAUAUUGACAGAUUAUUUGGAUGCAAUGAAAAAUAAUAAACGAAGCAGAAAUUUGCAUUUGUCCACCUUUUUGUAUGAAUAUUCUCCAUAAAAAAUGCACGAUAAUUCUUUCGAUGUUACUGAGUGGAUUCUACUCAUGUUUGUCAAUAAAUAUUCAGGAAUAAAAUGGCAGUUGCAAAAUAAAUCUUUAUACAUUUUAAUGUUAUUUUUUACCCAAUUUGUUCAUUUGAUCUCUUUCGCAUUAGUUUAAUUAUAUAUUUAAAAUGAUUUUUGAUUACAUUUUAUCUGCCAUAGACAUUAAGUGAAUUCAAAACGACGUCUUUUUUCGAUUAUGAUUCGAUCUAUAUUUGGUAAUGAUUGGUUUUUAAAUUUUCAAAAUUCAAUUU